UUAUUUGUAUCAAUUCGCCUUGCCAAAUUCGUUUAAAAAAUUUUACACGAGAAAAAUCGUCAAUUACAUGCAACUAAAUGGGUGGUAAAAGUUACUAUUGCGAUUACUGUUGCUGUUUUCUCAAAAAUGAUGUUAAUGUGCGUAAAACACACAAUUCUGGUUUAUCUCAUAAAAUGGCCAAAGUCCGCUAUAUGCGGCGAUUCGAAGAGUCAAGGAAAGUGCUUGAGGAGGAGCGGAACAAGCAGCCUUGCUUUCGCUUUUUAAAUGGCAUGUAUUGCAAAUUCGAUCUAAUGUGCAAUUCAUCCCAUUUCAACGAAGAUCAGCUACAGCACUUACAGAAAAUAGCUGAGCGUGCAGAAAAAACUAGAAAACGAAAAUUCUCUAGUAAAUCCACAAAGGGAUCGGAAAAUAUAGUACAAUUUCCUUGGCAAAGGCCCAAUGUCCGGGCUAAUAAUAAAAAGAGCAGACGCAGGAUCAAACGUCUGCCAGAGUCAUUACAACCCAUUAACUUCAAUCUAAUGAAUAAAGCUUAUCUGGACAUUGAAUGGGGGUAAAAAAAUUUCGGAAAGAUUCAAUAUAAAUAAAUCUAGAUUUAUUCUUUUAUAUUGUAUGUGCAUGUGUAAGUAUGUAAGACAAUAAUCAUAGUUUUUUAUAUCCUAAACAUAUAAAUAUUUUCCGAUUAAUCUUAUAUGUAUUAAUAUUUUUUAGUGCAUAUUAGCAAAGUAAGGUCAAUACAUUUUCCAUUGCACUAUCGACUUUUAAACUCAA